AUGUACAAACUCACCGCGGCUAUAGCGCUUCUAGCACUGGGAUCUCUGCUCUGCGAAGGAGGUAAUCCAUGUUGCUCGCAGCCAUGUCAGAACAGAGGCGUGUGUGUGGAACUGGCCUCCGACACUUAUGAAUGCGACUGCACACGGACCGGCUUCUACGGCCAGAACUGCACUCAACCUGAGUUACGGACCUGGAUCAAACUGACCCUGAAGCCCACCCCCAACACCGUGCACUACAUCCUCACGCACUUUAAGGGAUUCUGGAAGAUCGUCAACGGGAUCUCGUUCCUGAGAGACGCCAUCAUGAGAUACGUCCUCACAUCUCGCUCCCACAUGAUUGACAGCCCUCCCACCUACAACGCAGACUACGGCUACAAAAGCUGGGAGGCCUAUUCAAACCUGUCCUACUUCACCCGCACGCUCCCCCCCGUCCCGGAGGAUUGCCCAACACCCAUGGGAACGAUAGGUAAAAAAGAACUUCCCGACGCGAAAGAGUUGGCCGAGAAGCUCCUGGUCCGCAGACGCUUCAUCCCGGACCCUCAGGGCUCCAGCCUCAUGUUCGCCUUCUUCGCCCAACACUUCACUCACCAGUUCUUCAAGUCGGACAUGAAGCGGGGCCCGGCCUUCACCGCGGCUCAGGGCCACGGGGUGGAUCUCAGUCACAUUUACGGAGUCUCCCUGGACAGACAACACAAGCUGAGGCUUUUCAAGGACGGAAAGCUGAAAUACCAGAUGCUGAAGGGCGAGAUGUACCCCCCGACAGUGGAGGAGGUGGGGGUGGACAUGCACUACCCUCCCCACGUGCCCCCCACCCAGCGCUUCGCAGUGGGACACGAAGCCUUUGGCCUGGUCCCUGGACUCAUGAUGUACGCCACCAUCUGGCUCCGAGAACACAACCGAGUCUGCGACGUCCUGCGGGAAAUCCAUCCAACCUGGGACGACGAGAGGCUGUUCCAGACCGCCAGACUCAUCCUCAUCGGCGAAACCAUAAAGAUCGUCAUCGAAGACUACGUGCAGCACCUCAGCGGCUACAACUUCAAGCUGAAGUUCGACCCCGAGCUGCUCUUCAACCAGCAGUUCCAGUACCAGAACCGCAUCUCGUCCGAGUUCAACACCCUCUACCACUGGCACCCGCUCAUGCCCGACUCCUUCCACAUCGAGGAGCGCGACUACAGCUACCAGCAGUUCGUCUUCAACACCACCGUGGUCACCGAGCACGGCAUCAGCAACCUGGUCGACGCCUUCACCAAGCAGAUCGCAGGACGGGUCGCAGGUGGUCGGAAUGUCCCGGGCCCGAUUCUGUACGUGUCCAUCAAGUCCAUCGAAAACAGCCGGAAAAUGCGGUACCAGUCUCUCAACGAGUACCGCAAGAGGUUCAACAUGAAACCCUACAGCUCCUUCCAAGACUUGACAGGCGAUACAGAAAUGGCGUCCAUCUUAGAGGAGAUGUACGGACACGUGGACGCGGUGGAGCUGUACCCAGGGCUGCUGAUCGAGAAGCCCAGAGAGGACGCCAUCUUCGGGGAGACCAUGGUGGAGAUGGGGGCCCCCUUCUCUCUCAAGGGCCUGAUGGGAAACGCCAUCUGCUCCCCGGAGUAUUGGAAGCCCAGCACGUUCGGAGGCCAGGUGGGCUUCGACAUCAUCAACACGGCGUCCUUACAGCGGCUUGUGUGCAACAACGUGCGAGGGCCCUGUCCCGUGGCGUCCUUCCAGGUGCCUGAUGUAAAAGACACAGGGGCCGCGGUCAUCAACUCCAGCUCGUCUCACUCCGGAGACAUCAACCCCACCGUCAUCCUCAAAGAAAGGGCCACGGAACUCUAG